UUCAAGAAAGAUCUCUUCAAUGGCUGCUCAUCCAGAUCAAACUCAAUCUCUCCAUGACUGAAUCAAAGAUCUGAUCAGUUUGACGUUUACUUUCGCUGAUUUUGCAAGACGAGGAACGAAAUGUCUCGGGUGUUCGAGUACUUCGUGGUUUGUGGGAUCGGUCCGGAGAUCCGAACACUAGAUGGUAACAGAGGCUACCAUGGAACCGGUAUCAUGUACUUGCCUUCACUUCUUGACCAGCAUCCUCCAGAGAAUCAGUCUCCUUCACCUCUCCCUCCUCCUCCCCAGCUUCCAACUUGCGUUUUGCCAGCUGGAGUGGAGUUCUACUCGUCUGGAUUUGAUCCCAAUGAUACGUCGACGUUGCCGCGGAGCUAUCCAAUUGUAUUGACCGAGGGGGAUGGAUCAAAAAUCUACCUUAGUUGCAUUUCCUUCCGGGACCCAGUUAGUGAUGAUGUUGCUGAAGCAUACCGGAUACCACCCAAUUCAUUUGCCGACAAAUGUAUCUGUCUUGUUUCUCGCUCACCCAUCUUCCGUGUCCUCCGAAAUUCCCUAGAGGAGAUAUUUGCACUUUGCUUUUCCCCUGGUGGAAGUAGCAAGCCGUUAUGGGAUGUGAUAGCUCAUGUUGUUUCCAAUGUACCCUUGCCUACUCCUGGGAAAGAUCGAGUGUUGUUCUCUAUUGAAAAUUGCCUGCUUUUUGUGGAGGCUCCACCAAAGGAAGGGCUGCCUCAUGCAGAUAUAUCAUUUCAGCCACUGGUCCAGUGCUUGGAUGUUGACAACUUAAUUAAACUUUUUACAGCUGUCUUGCUUGAACGGAGAAUUUUGCUUCGGUCAAACAAAUAUUCACUUUUAACUUUGGUGUCGGAGGCCAUAUGUCACUUAAUCUAUCCAUUUCGGUGGCAGCACGUCUACAUUCCGUUGCUAUUUUUCAGUGGAGUAGACUAUAUUGAUGCUCCUACGCCAUAUAUGAUGGGACUCUAUUCAGGUGUUGAUACGUCUCAUCUUGGAAUGGACGGUGUUGUAGUUGUGGACCUUGAGUAUAAUCAAAUUAGCUCGUCUGAGGAAAUACCCAAAAUUCCAGAACCUGAAUUAAGUUCUUUGCGUGGUGAGAUUCUGAAAUUGUUGUUUCCUAACUUAGUGGGAAUAGAUCAGAUUAAGGCUGGCCUGAGCAGUUCUCUGGAGCAUUAUUCAAGAGGUUGUAGUAAGCCUUGGGGAGAGGAUCACGACCUUCAACUUAGGCUAAUAUUCUUGAAGUUCUUUGCAUCAAUUUUAGGGGGCUACCGCAAUUUCAUUGAAAAUACUGCUACCCAAAUCUUCAACACCCACGCAUUUUUGAAGAAGCGUUCCCGGUCAACAAACCAACCACCAGAUCCCAUGAUAUCACAAUUUUUGGACUCUCAAGGUUUCCUGGAUUAUCUGGGAGAUAUCAUGCGCGCUGAACAUAACAACAGCAAUAAUCUCCUGGAGAAGUUGCAAGAUGCAAUUGGACGGGAUCAAAAUCCGAUUUCGAUUCUUCCAUCAUCAAUGGAAGACCCUGAUAUUGUGAGCAUAUCAGAUCCAGAUGUGGGAGUAUCUGGAUCAGGUACCAGAUACACCUAUGAUAGGUUCCCUUCCAACAUUAGAACAGAAGAGCAAGAAGAAAAGAGGAGGCAAAUUCUAGCAGCAGCAAGUGGAGCCUUUGAAUACUCAGGAAGGCAUACACCUAGCUCACCUUCUAUGCUGGGUAAGGACUCCAAGGCUGAAACACUUAGUCCAAUGGAGAGGGCUGCAGAGAGAGAGCGCAUGGUUUUGGACAUUAAGGUUAAGCUGCAGGGUUUGUGGCUGCGUCUUUUGAAGCUAGGAGCUACUGAUGAUCCAUUGUCGUCAUUUGAAUAUGGCACAAUCCUUGCAUUGAUCGAGUCUGAUGCAGAGGGUAUCGGUGGUAGUGGCUUUGUGGAAUGCAUAAGCGAACACAUACAUUCGGGAUGGAACUCCCAAUUAACUGAGGAACAAUUCAUUGCAGUGAAAGAAUUGCUCAAAACAGCUACCAGUCGAGCAACAUCCCGGAAUGAUGUGUCAACCAUUAGAGACGCCCUUGAGGUGUCUGCCCAGAUAUACAGAAAAGAUGCUAAUAAUGUUCCAGAUUAUAUCCAACGGCAUCUGAUUUCUCUAUCUAUCUGGGAGGAGUUAAGAUUCUGGGAAGGAUACUUUGACUAUCUAAUGGAGCGGUCUUCAAGCAAGUCUGCCAAUUAUGCAACCUUAGUGACCACGCAGCUCGUCCUCGUGGCAUCACACAUGGCUGGAUUGGGACUUGCAGAUAUUGAUGCUUGGUUCAUGAUUGAAACAAUUGCAGAGAAGAACAGUAUUGGGUACAAGCAGUUGAUAAAACUCAGAGGGUUUUUGUCACAUAUCCAGCAACUCCGUAUUGGUUACUGGGGCAUAUCAUCUGUGAAGGCUCAAUUUUUGUCAUCUCAUGGAUUGCCAUCUCCGCAUCCAAAAGAUGCCACGGAUGAUAAUCAUCAGCAUGCUGAGGCUUCUGGCAUUGGUAGGAGCUGGGUUCAGAGCAUGUUUAGCAGAGAAAGAGUCGCAUCUUCAAGAGCAAACUCUUUUGGGCGUGUUCGUAGAUGGACGACUGAUGGUGCUGCAAACGAGAACAUGUCUCCUGCAGCGCAAAAGAAGAUUCAGACCAGUGUUCGUGUACUUAGGGGCCACAGUGGUGCUGUUACUGCAUUACAUUGUGUGACAAGAAGAGAAGUAUGGGAUCUGGUGGGUGACCGUGAAGAUGCAGGCUUCUUUAUCAGCGGGAGCACGGAUUGUUUGGUUAAAAUAUGGGAUCCUAGCAUCCGUGGAUCUGAACUGCGGGCGACUUUGAAAGGACAUACAAGAACUGUUCGUGCUAUAAGUUCUGAUAGAGGAAAGGUGGUAUCAGGAUCUGAUGAUCAGUCUGUUAUUGUGUGGGAUAAGCAAACGUCUCAGCUUCUGGAAGAACUGAAAGGUCAUGAUGGGCAGGUCAGCUGUGUGCGGAUGUUGUCAGGUGAACGUGUCCUUACUGCUGCCCAUGAUGGGACCGUGAAGAUGUGGGAUGUUCGAACUGACACCUGUGUUGCAACAGUUGGCCGUUGCUCUAGUGCAGUUCUGUGCAUGGAAUAUGAUGACUCCACAGGGAUGCUGGCAGCUGCUGGUAGAGAUGCAGUUGCAACUAUUUGGGACAUCCGUGCUGGUCGGCAGAUGCACAAACUUCUAGGGCACACAAAAUGGAUCCGGUCUAUUAGAAUGGUUGGAGAGACUAUUGUUACUGGUAGUGAUGAUUGGACUGCAAGAGUGUGGUCUGUUUCUCGUGGAACAUGUGAUGCUGUCCUAGCCUGCCAUGCUGGCCCAAUACCAUGUGUUGAGUAUUCGGCACCAGAUAAAGGAAUUAUAACAGGUUCAACCGAUGGGCUGCUUCGAUUUUGGGAAAGUGAGGAGGGAGGCAUAAGAUGCGUGAAGAAUGUUACAAUUCAUAAUGCUGCUAUAUUAUCGAUUAAUGCUGGGGAACAUUGGUUAGGAAUUGGUGCAUCUGACAAUUCUAUGUCUCUUUUUCAUCGGCCUCAAGAGAGACUUGGUGGUGUUUCUAGCCCAGGGUCAAAAAUUCCUGGGUGGCAACUCUAUCGAACACCACAAAGGACAGUUGCUGCGGUAAGAUGUGUGGCAUCUGACCUUGAAAGGAAGAGGAUAUGCAGUGGUGGCCGUAAUGGACUUCUAAGGCUAUGGGAAGCUACCAUUAACAUUUAAGUAUGUAUUUCUGGUCAGUUGUGAAGUUCAUUGGUGGGAGUGCUUAUGGUAGCGAGUAUUCUUUUCCUGUUUCCUUCUACCUAUCUGUGUAAUCUGUGUAAAGUGCUGACAUUCAAGAUGACAAGUGUCCUUCAAAUUGGCUUUAUUUGUUUGUACGUCGAGAUUAUUGUCCUUUUCAUGCGAUGGUAAGGCUGUUACAAUCAAAUGAUUUCGGUGGUUCUAUUGGAACAUGAACAAUAUCUGAACGGCAAGAACUCUUCUCCGCCAUAUGUGGAGUAAAGGAUGCAGGUGUGGUGGAGUCGAGUCUCUUUUAACGGGGGGAAGUCGUGUGUACUGGUUUGCCCUUUUUCCAUUUUUGUAUCAUUUAAUAAAAUAUAGAAGAGAAAUGUCUUUCCACCUAUUGGAAGUAUCCUGCUAUGGGUUACCCUUUUUCAUCUGUAUUCAUAUAUUCAUAAAUUUCAUAGCUUUAAACUCA